AUGGAGGUUAGAUCCAUUUUGGACAAUGAGGGUCACAACGAAAUAGAAAAGAGAGCCCAAAAAGUCACUUGUCAGAAAGUCCCACCAACGUUGAGAAGAAAUGAAAGAAGUAAGGACUACUUUGAUCCUAGGGUUAUCUCUUUCGGUCCUUACCACCAUGGCAAACCAGAAUUCCAAGAAGCAGAGAUGCUUAAAACUAAUGUCAUGUUGGAGUUUAUUGCAAAUUCUAGCACUUCAUUUGUGGAAUUUUACAGCAAGGUACGUGAAAUAAAUGACUACACUAGAUCCUGUUAUGUUGAUGGUUCAACAAAUAAAUAUAGUGAUGAUGUGUUUGCACUGAUGAUGCUUCGAGACAGUUGUUUUAUUCUAUAUGUAAUGGAAAACGUGGUAAGAAAUAGAUGGGACAAGCUUGGUAAAAUAUUUGGUCAUCAUAUAGGCCCCUUCGGAAGUUUUUAUGCAUUUAGAGACAUGAUUUUGCUAGAAAAUCAAGUUCCUUUCUCACUGUUGAUACUUUUGAUGAGGCUUAGAUAUGGUGAUGAAAAAUUCGGACUAAGAAUGAUCAAGCCAUUUGCUUGUUUCAUAAUUUGGACAAUAAAUCCAGAGGAUGUUGCAAGAGACGAGAAUAAGGAGCCCACAGCUCGUCAUCUCCUUGAGUGUGUAUAUCAGGAAUUCACCAAAGCUGGUGAUCUAGAUGAGAAACCUCAUCAUUGUUUCAAUUUUUGUAAAACCAAGCCGAUAAAAGCAAAGGAGAUAGAGGAUAAAUAUUUUGUUUCGGCAUUCCGCUCAGUUGGAGAUCUUAAAGCCAAGGGGGUCCAUUUCAAGCCUACCACUUCUAGUAUUGCACUUUUAGAGGAAAAAGGAAAAUCAAUUUCUCUACGUGAUGUUAGAUUCAAAUCUGGCUUCAUCAAUGCAGAGCUUAAGCUUCCCCCCCUAAUCCUUUCUCCUUCUACAAUAACACUGUAUAACAACUUGGUAGCCUUAGAAUUUUGUCCUCCUUCAGACAAGGAUUUGGCUAUUGCAUCUUACUUCUUUUUACUGAAUACACUCAUUGACAGUGUUGACGAUGUGAAAGAGUUGAGCUACAAGUGUAUCCUUCUUAACAAUUUAGGCAGUGAUGAAGAGGUGGGUAAAAUGCUUAAAGAGAUAAACUCAUGUGGGAUGCAUGAUUUUGGCAUUUACCGAUGUGUUAGACGAGAUAUUGAAGAACACUGUAACAGCAAGAUAAAGACCUGGUUGGCUGAAAUAAUUGGCAAAUAUUUUAGCAACCCAUGGACUGCUCUUGGUUUCUUUACUGCAGUUACUGUCCUUGCUUUAACUAUUCUGCAAGCUUACUACAGAAUCAAUAAGUGA